AUGACGAAGAACCACCCCUCUCUCCGCAAGACGGCAUCGAACGCGGACCUCUACGCGGACCCGUCACCGCCUCAGCAGCUGCGGCACGCGUACUCGACUCUCUCGCGCUCGCACACGACAGCUGGCCCGCUGCCCCGCCGCACACUGGCCGACUGGGAGCAGAAGCGACGCCAGAUGAGCGACAGGGGCCAAGCUCGCCACAGCAUCGCCGCGCCCUACCCGAACCCCAAUGAGGACGACGAGGGCUCCAGGCCGAACAGGCAGAAGCAGAGCCCGCCACCAGUUCCGCCCAAGAUCCUAGAGGAGGCACCGACACUUGCACCCAUACUCGAGUUCAGGGAUGGCGAGUACCGCCUGCCAGCACCCAAGAUGGCUUCCAAGCCAGCGCCAUCGCACCCAUGGCUGCCCGCGCAGCUGCCACCGGCGCCCGUAAGACGCGAGAAGGAGGCCCCUGAGAGGUACACGAAGCCCUUCACCGACUUCAUGACGGCCAACCCGACCGUCUUCCACGCCGUCGAUGCCGUAGCGAGGGAGCUCGAGAAGGACGGGUAUAAGAAGCUGUCUGAGCGCGACUCGUGGGAGCUGAAGGCUGGCGGCAAAUACUACGUCGACCGCAACGGCACCUCGCUGAUUGCGUUCGCCAUUGGAGACAAGUACGAGGCGGGCAAUGGUGCUGCCAUCGUUGCUGGCCACAUCGACGCGCUCACGGCGAAGCUCAAGCCGAUUUCUAAGCUCCGUAACAGGGCUGGCUACGUCCAGCUAGGCGUAGCGCCUUACGCAGGUGCUCUCAGCGACACCUGGUGGGACCGCGAUCUCGGUAUUGGUGGACGCGUGCUUGUCAAGGAGCACGGCAAGAUUGUCACCAAGCUGGUCAAGCUCGACUGGCCCAUUGCAAGGAUACCAACGCUUGCACCGCACUUCGGUGCUGCCGCAAACGGCCCAUUCAACAGGGAGACCCAGAUGGUGCCCAUUGUCGGCCUGGACAACAGCGACUUUGGCGCGCCAUCAACAGCCAACAGUGAGGCUGAGUGGAAGGCCAGUCCUUGUGGCGGAGAAGGUGUCUUUGCCGCCACGCAACCCGAGAGACUUGUCAAGGCCAUCUCUUCUGAGCUGGGCAUUACGGACUACUCGACUAUCGUCAACUGGGAGCUCGAGCUCUUCGACGUUCAACCCGCCACGACCGGUGGUCUCGACCGCGAAUUCAUCUUCGCCGGCCGCAUCGACGACAAGCUUUGCUCCUGGGCCGCUGUCCAAGCCCUUCUCAACUCCACCUCCUCCCUCUCCAGCUCCUCGCAGAUCCGCAUCGUCGCCCUCUUCGACGACGAGGAGGUCGGUUCGCUCCUCCGUCAGGGCGCCCGCGGCAACUUCCUUCCCAGCGUCAUAGAGCGCAUCGUGGAGGAGUUCACCGAGACCAAAGUCAAGAACACGCUCGCACGUACCUACGCAAACUCCUUCCUGGUAUCUAGCGACGUCAUUCACGCCGUGAACCCCAACUUCCUCAACGCGUAUCUGGAGAAUCACUCACCACGCCUGAACAUCGGGCCCGCUAUCUCCGCAGACUCAAACGCCCACAUGACCACCGAUGCCGUCAGCACCGCUAUCCUCCAACGUUGCGUCGACGCUGACAUUGGCACGCGCAAACAAGAUCCCAAGUUGCAGGUCUUCCAGAUCCGUAACGACAGUCGCAGUGGAGGCACCGUUGGUCCAAUGCUGAGUGCUGCGACCGGAAUCAGGGCGAUCGACUGUGGUAUCCCACAGUUGAGUAUGCAUUCGAUCAGGGCGACCACUGGUAGCCAGGAUCCUGGACUCGGUGUGUUUGCGUUCCAGAGUUUCCUCGAGAGGUUUGAAGAGGUGGAUCGUGAGUUCAAGUAG